AUGCGUGUACUGACUGUACUGGCCCGAACUCCCCUGGAGCAGGAGAUCUUUGGACUGCUCCACAAGACGCAGCAGCCCAUCGCAGACCCACUCCUGACACCGGAGGAGACAGCCUCGCUGCAGGCAAUGAGCUUGGAGGAGGCCCGGCAGCGGCGGGCAGAGCUGCAGAAGGCUCGGGUCGUGCAGUCCUACUACGAAGCCAAGGCUCGGCGAGAGAAGAAGAUCAAGAGCAAGAAGUACCAUCGCGUGCUGAAAAAAAGCAAGAGACGCAAGGCCUUAAAGGAGUUUGAGCUGCUGCAUAAGUCGGACCCUGAGGCCGCCUUGGCCAGGCUGGAGGAGCUGGAGCAGCUCAGGAUGCAGGAGCGGAUGAGUCUUAAGCACCAGAACAAGGGGAAAUGGGCCCGCUCCAGGGCCGUUAUGGCUAAGUAUGACCUGGAGGCCCGCAAAGCCAUGCAGGAGCAGCUGGCCAGGAACAAGGAGUUGACGCAGAAGGUGCGCGUGGAGCUGCCGGAGGAAGAGCCAGGUGACGUGCCUGAGGAGGACCUCACCUCCGUGACCGUCCCCACCAUCCCUGCGGCUGCCAGCGGAGCUAAUCCCUGGAUGCUGGGCAAGCCCAGCGGCCCGGCCGAGGAGCCUGAGGUGCAGGAGGGUCUUGGAGACGUUGCGGUGCCUGGUGCUGUGGAGAGCAAGGAGGAGGUGGAGGAGGAGGAGGAGGAGAUGUCGGAGGAGGAAGCUCUGCUACACGACUUUGCGCAGAAACGGCACGCGCGGCAGCAGCGGGCAGGGAGCCCUGAGGGACGAGGUGCUGAUGAGACGGAGGCGGUUUCUGAGCUGCCGGGGGACAGCCCCGUCCCCCCCGUCUGCGCCGAGGAGCCGGCGAGCCUGGGGAUCGAGCAGCCUCCCCAGGCCCAGGAGGAGAUCCUGCUGUCGGAGCAGCUGGGCCGGGUGCGGACGAUGGAGGACGUUGAGGCUCUGGCCUCAGAGGAGCGUGUGGAAGAGCAGGAGAAGCCGGCGGCCGCGAGAGCAGAGGAGCGAGUGCGGCAGCAGGAAGAAGGCAGAGCUGGGGACGGGCGUGCCAAGAAACCACCAGCCAAGAAGAAGAUCAUCAGCCUGCAGGCUGUGCUGGCGGGGAAGUCCCAGGAGGUUCAGUGCCCCAGCCUGCCGGUGGUCGUGGAGGAGGAGGAGGGUGGCAUCGACCAAAGAGGGGUGAUCACCGAGGCCUUUGCCGGGGACGACGUGGUCGCUGACUUCCGCCGGGAGAAGCGCAAGGCAGAGCAGGCCGCGAAGCCGCAGCCGGUCAACCUGGUGCUGCCGGGCUGGGGCGAGUGGGGAGGCACGGGACUGAAGCCCAGCACCAAGAAAAUAAAACGGUUCCUGCUCAAGCCGCCCCCGGCGCCUCCCCGGAAGGACCAGCACUUGCCCCACGUCAUCAUGAGCGAGAAGCGCAACAUCCACGCGGCAGCACAUCAGGUCAGCGAGCUGCCCUUCCCCUUUGAGAGGCACCAGCAGUUUGAGCAGAGCAUCCGGACGCCCGUGGGCCCCACGUGGAACACGCAGCGUGCCUUCCAGAAGCUGACCGCCCCCCGCGUCGUUACCCGAGCGGGCCACAUCAUCCAGCCCAUCUCUGCCGAGGACGUCCCCGACGUGGCCGCCGCCGCCGGCAGCGGAGCCAAGCCGGCGCUAGAAAUUGCGCCCAAGCAGCAAGAGCGGCCCUUUCGCCGCCCGCGCAAGAGAGCGCGAUAGCUCCGUGCCCGCGUCCCUCCGGUGCUCGGACUGGAGCCGGCGAAGGAACCGGCAGAGGCUCCCGGUUCUGUCCAGUACCUUCUACCGGAGCAAUAAAACUCCCGGGCUGCCUGGUCUGUGCCGUCUGCCUGGCUGCCCUCGCAGCGCCCCGGGGCCGGGACAGCUGCUGCCCUCCUGCCUGUCCUU